GACGGGAGUGACUGGAUGGUGCCUUUGGUGCUGAGGUGCAGGCAGAUCAGGAUGAGCACCUGGGAGUCCGGCAAAGUAUUGGGGGUGCCUACUGUUCCCCUUUCUAAUGGCUUAAACAUCCCCAUAUUGGGGCUGGGAACAUCCCAUCAAGGUGGCUAUUCCCACGAGGCAGUGGUAUAUGCCCUUCAGAAAUGUGGCAUUCGUCAUAUCGACACGGCAAAACGAUAUGGCUGUGAAUCACUCCUGCAGAAGGCUAUCAAAGGGAGUGGAAUAGAACGGGAGAAUCUCUGGAUAACAACCAAACUCUGGCAUGCUGACUAUGGCUAUGACAAAACAAAACAAGCCUGCUUGGAAUCUUGCAACAGACUUGGGGUGGAAUAUCUAGAUCUUUAUUUAAUUCAUUGGCCAGAUGCACAAGUCCCUGGAAAGAGCAGUCGAGAAGUCAGAGCAGAAACUUGGCAGGCCAUGGAAGAAUUGUAUGAGAAAGGUAUAUGCAAGUCAAUCGGAGUAAGCAACUUUUUAAUUGAACACUUGGAACAGCUGAGGGAGGACUGUCAGGUAACUCCACAUGUAAACCAGGUAGAAUAUCAUCCUUUCCAAAGGCCUCAAGAGCUAGUAGAGUAUUGCCAAAGCAAGAAUAUUGUUUUUGAAGGCUACUGUCCACUAGCUAAAGGUGAAGCUCUUAAUCAUCCCAACAUUGUUCAGCUUGCAAAGAAAUAUGGCAGAACUCCUGCACAAAUCUGUAUUCGCUGGAGCAUCCAGAAUGGCAUAGUCACUAUUCCAAAAUCUACAAAAUUAGAGAGAGUCCAAGAAAACUGUCAGGUCUUUGAUUUUAGGCUUGCAAAAGAAGAUAUGGAGUUGCUUGACUCCAUGAACGUCAACAGAAAAUUGAUCUAUCUAACUUAUCCAUUAUGGAAGGGAUAACCAUGAAGUAGUUACAGAAUACAGUGGCUGAGAACAUGAUGACUUCUGGAUUCCCCCAAGCUUGUUUCUGCUAUUUACUUAAUGCAUUCAAAGCUAAUACAACUUGAGUACUUUCCUUAUUAUUAGGCUACUGUAUGGAGUCUUCCCAUUUCCAAGCUCUCACUAAAAGACUUUUCAGGAAGUUGUAAGUCACUCUUGAGCCUAACUAGAACUGAAUUAAAAAAGUCAUUGCUAAGUUUAACACAGCUGCAGCCGUUGGUUUUGUCCAUGUGUGAGACAAUUUGGAGUUUGGAACUGCAUGGUAAUGAAAAUUAAUGUAGUUAAUUAUUAACAUUAAUGUCUGAUUAAUAUUUUGUUCUAUCUCCUCUUUUUUUUGCAUGAAGGUAACCAAAUGAGUUUAGAACCAAAAAUUACUAUUACACAAUUGCAGUCCAUUUUAUUGUCAAUAAACAUGUU